AUGGUCAUUUUCGAGGGACCCCUAAUGAACCCCGCGGGGCUGGUGGAGUUGGUUUCACCGACACUGAGGAUCAUGAGCAGCUUUCUUAUCGUAGGUGCCGCCAAGAACCAGGUCGCCAUGAACCCCCGUAACACUGUGGUCUUCGAUGCCAAGCGUCUCAUUGUCCGCAAGUUCCAGGACUCCAUGGUCCAUAAUGACAGGACCCAUUAA